AUGGGUCUCUCCCCUCCCGAGGUUACUACUGUUACUCGCUGGUGGUCCACGCAACCCCCAGCUGACGGCUACUGGGGCCCCUCCACAUCUUCGAUCGAUUGGUGUGAAGCCAACUAUGCCGUCACCAGAUACAUUGCUGAAUUCACCAACACGCUCUCGAAUGUGGUCUUCGUUUCCUUGGCCCUGUACGGAUUGAGGAAAUGCAGGGACGAGAACCUUCCGCUUCCCCUAGCGCUUUGCCAAGUCGGAAUCGCAUCGAUAGGCCUCGGAAGCUUCCUGUUCCAUGCCACAUUGCGAUACGAAUGGCAGCUAGGCGACGAGCUGCCGAUGAUCUUCAGCUCCGCACUCUCUGCCUACGUGGUCUUUGAUACCGGGCGGGCAAGCCAGCCCCGGACGUGGCUCGUUCGCUGCGUGCCCUUCCUCCUCUGCCUCUACUCCUUCGCCGUCGCCGCUGUUUACCUGCGCUACCCCAACCCGGUCUUCCAUCAAGUCGCAUUCGGCACCCUCCAACUAAUUUCCACUUUCCGCUCGGUUUAUACCAUCCGAACAGCUCCGGAAGCAACGUACAGAGAGAAGAAGAACAAGGCUGAUAUCAUACGCUUCCAGACCGCCGCAUUUUUCAUCUCUCUCACUGGGUUCUUGAUCUGGAAUAUCGACAACUUAUUCUGUGACCAACUCUCGCUCCUGAAACAGUAUCUGGGUGUCCCCUACUCAUUCGUCGUGGAAGGACAUGCCUGGUGGCAUCUCGCCAUGGGCGCCGGUGCAUAUCUGGGCACGGUCGCAUUGCAAUUGAUGUCAUUGAGCUUGAAAGAAGGCGCAGACGGCGUCGAGAUCAAACACGGCGGGAUCUUUGGUCUCUGCCCUUACGUCGCCCGGAUUCCUACCAAGAUGCAGCCCAAGCUUGAUUAA